AUGGCCCCUAGUUUACGAGAGUUGUUUGAUUUUCUCCUGGCAGAGAUUGCCCUCUGCGGUGAUCAAGGCGCGUCUCCAUCGGAUAUCUUGACUUAUAUCGGUACUUUCUAUGCCAAGGCUGCACAGGAAGCAUCCGCCCGCAGCCAUGUUGUCGACCGGCGAUUUCAGGAGAAAGUCUGGUCCUGGCUAGCAAAGAAUCCGGAAGUCUCUAUUGGCGAAAAUAGAGAAUGCAAUACUCUGAGCCUCGGCGAUGUGGAACGCCGUGCCAACAAUGCACCCGACUCUGGAGAAACCCCAAUCCGUGUUUUUGUCUCCAAGGAGAGGACCUGGCUUGCCAUCACGGGCCAUGAGCCGGAUGAAAGCAAGCUCCUUCCCACAGAGUUCGCUCUGCUAUCUAUCAUCGCUUCCCGCAAAGCAAACGGUAUUGUUCAGACAGAAUUGGUGAAGCUGAGCGGACAGGAUAAGCGAUCGGUCCCCAAGCGGACUGAUCAGCUGCAUCAAAAAGGCUAUAUCGAGAAGAGAGCUAUUCAGAUCAAAUCAGCCCGGACCAGUCUUUGCACGUUACGUAAGUUCAUGUUAUCAGAGAAUAUAUCCACGGAAACGACAAUGGAGCAGUCCGCCGGGGAAAGUCAAAUGAUCGACUAUACGGAAUUUUGCAAUAAUCUCUUUAAUAUCUUGCGGGAAUAUCAGAUCAUCUCCCGCGUCGAUCUCAAGAAACUCCUUGGCUUUAACGAUAGGUGGCGGUGGCGUAUUCUUUCUCGUGCUGUGAGGAAAUUCGAGCGCAUAGGUGUCUUAAAGCGUGUCAAAGCUAUGUCUCAGUUCUCAGACAGUGACAAACAUUAUUUCGCUUGUGUCAAGCUUAUGCGAGAACCGACCGAUAGGGACCUAGAGUUGUUCCGUGAAUUUAGCAGGGGCAUUUCAACCAAUCUGGAGCAGGAUGAUAAUCCGGAGCUUGAUGAAGAUGUAGAUCCCAAUGAUGGGACAAGGGAACCAUCUUUAGUGAAUAAUGGUGAAACGCUUAAUGUGGUAAAACAAGAGGAGGGCACCGAGGAAGCUGGUCGGGCACUUCCUGUCUGGACUCCUGAUCAGAAUAUUCAUAACUUAAUCUUUGACGUUGUCGACCAAGCGGGGACAGACGGUAUCAUGAACCAGGAAAUCAUCAGGAAAUGCUUUGGCGGAUUUUACCGUAGGCCACUGGAGAACACAAUGAGUCGUUUGGUAGAAUGUUGGCAACUCUCCCAACCGUUGCAUUUACGUCACUUAGCCAUCGUACGAGACACGGUACUCAGCCGCACUAUCACCCAGUAUAGCCACUAUACAUCGACGAACUUUGGAAAGCUUGUCGAGGCGGGGGAGUCGGCUUGGGAGGCUGUCGAGUUCGUCCCAAAGAAUCCGAAAGUCGAUAAGGUUCGUGUGCCACCAGUAGAUGCACAACCUGAUCUGGACGAGUAUGGCCUGCCUAUGGCCCUGCCUGCAAAAGAGCUCUUGAAAAACGGAGAUGUUUCUCUCCUAGAAUGCAUCGUGGCAGUAAAACCGACAAGUUACAAUGCCACUUACACUGACGCGACGGCAGUCAAACAAGAAGAUGGCACAUAUACGCUCCACCACGGGCAAGUGAAGGCGCCAGCAGGUUCUUCGGGGGAUGCUACAGGUUCUCUCCUAGUAACGCCGAGCAGACUGAAAAGGGAAUACCUGGAUGUGUCAGAUCCAGAAAUGGGUAAUAUAGCCCCUGGAAGCGUUGUAUCAACUACGAAACGUCGGAAACGACUAAGAGAAGACUCUGAAAAGUUCAAUGGCAUGUCCGAGAUAGAUAAACUUAAGGCUCUUGGCUUAGAUGAGACAUGGACGGAAUACAACGCUUUGCUUAUUGAACGCCCGAAACCCGGCGUUUAUGUCACACCGCUUGGAAAGCGGAGGCCAGCUGGCAAAAGACAAGGCCGGCCAAGGAUUAGUCGGAUUGCUGUCUUUAAGUCCCCGAAGCUACCAACUUUCCCCUGGUUUACCGAGGAGGCUGAAGCUAUUGGCGAAGACAGAGGAUCACAACAGCCUUCCCGGGAGCAGACGGUCGAAGAGGCUGUCGAAGAAACACCCGUCCCUACAUCUGCUGCAAGAGUUAGGGCCGUAGAUGUCUCUUCCGAAAGUCCAGAUGCCACACCUUCACGAGGGACCAAGAGACGUUCAAGGCAACCCCCAUCGAAAGUUGUAUCCACUUUGGCAACAAUGCGUAAAACGAAACAGAGACACAUCACUGAUUUUGCAGCCAAGCCUAAGGAUGUUCCCAUGGUUGACUAUGAGAACUCCGAGGAUCGUCCAGCUGAAGAUAUACGACAGGGAAAUCCUGAUGACGACGAUAACAUUCACACUCUCAGAAAUUCAUUGAAACGUAAAAGACCUGAUUCGCCAAAAGCAACCUCCCAAGAUGCUGUUGCAAUAGAGGAAGGUUCGAGAGGGGGCAAUAUUCUUGUAACGCAGGUCCCGGAGACUCCGUCAAAGAAGCCGCGCGGAACAAUCCAAAUUGACGGGGACAACGACACAUCAAUCGCAGACGGUCGUCCCACGGAUGAGGUCUCUCAUAAUGGGCCAGCGCUAGCAGGCACAGAACCUUGCAGCACUGCUCAGACAGACGGCGCUCUAAUGGAUAGAACACCAGCAUCCCAGACUAUUGGCCAAGACCAGGAUCAAGAAGUCAACGGUCGCUCUGUAGAGCGUUUUGGGGAUGCAAAUGGUAUGCGCAGGGAACAGAGCACCUUACAGAGACAGAUGGAGAACAGUAAAGCAACAGAAAAGGCGAAAGAAAAGAAGGGAUCUGUCGGAUUCAUACGACGGAAAAUUGUAAUGGACAUCGUUGACCAGGCUGGAGGGGCUUUCCCUAUGGGAACUGAAAUCUGGUAUCCGUUUACAACUGCGUGGAGGAAGACUAAAUACAAGGAGAACCCCGACCUUCGCACAAUCAAGGCAACGGUUAAACACAUCAUUGAGGCUGGCAAGCUUCGCCAAUUGACUUUCAGUGGCAAAGAUGACAAAGGGGUCAUGGUUACAAAGAGUAUCAUAACCAAACCUGAUAUGCAACCAGAUGACCCCUUUAUUAUAGAUAUGCAGAAGAAGAUGCUGGCCGCGGGUUCCCGGUAUUACAUCCCAGAUAACGUCGAAUACGACCCAGAUAUGACAAAAAGUGGUUCUAGGAGAGUUACUUUCGGAAAGGAUGGCAAAGACCCCAAUACCUUUUCCAAACUUCCCGUCGAAUCUGCGCUCACCGUCCAACUGCAAUAUAAGCCGGGAUUUGUUGUAGCCCAGGAAAAGAGGAAGGGCCUGAGCAUUCAGAGACGACUACUGCAAAGAGUCGGGGUUGGUAAAGAAAACCCAGAGCGAGUGGUUCGACUCUUGUCACUCCAACGGCUGUCAUCGCAAGAUUCUGCUAUUCCUAGAAUGACAUCCGUUGCACGACCUGAUCAGAUAGCCGUCCAGGGUAGAAGACGUCUUCAACCGGGCCGUCGACCUCCCAUACCCCAAGCGCAGGAUGACUUGGUCGUUGAAGGUGCCCGUAGAAUGAAACGUCUUUGGAUUCCCAUUUCUUCUAUGGCUCCCUACGCGAUGUUGAUGAAUACAAGUCAGACAUUCCACGCAAACACCGGAACUUUCUCAACAGAUGGCGGACUUGCUGCUCUGCGGGCUGCAAGGCACACGCAGAAGAAGAAAGCGCGCGAGGCCCCUUAUUCUCUUGAGGCUUUCAGCAACAUAUCAUCCGAGUUACCUCAUUCGCUUGAUGAUUUGUUCAGCCAGACACGGCGUCGCCCUGUUGACUAUUCUGAUAGCGCAGAUCCCCGAUCGAACCAGUUCUUCUACGAGAAUAAUGUGAUCAUGAGAUGGGAACUUCAAAACGAAGAGCUCCUUGGCAAAAAAGGUAGCGACCUUCUGUACAUCAACCAAACAUUGCAGGAUCGUUUUGAUAGCGCUCCAAUUGAAGGUAGCAUACGGUUCGACGUUGAUGAACCGGAGCUCUCAGCGCGUCCCCUUCCAGAUCCUAGGAUUACCAGACAAGCAGCGCGCCGAUCUCAGGUGUCUACGCAACCUGGCGUUUUCGGCAAGCUGACAUUCCCUCAACCCCACCCGGUACCCAUUCCUCGAACACCAACUGCACCGCCCACCGAAAUGCUGCAAAACCGUCGCCUAGAGAAACUCAAUGCAUCGAUGGUAGCUAGCGAAGGGUUCGAUACGGCAGCACAACCCACUGGGUCUCGAACGCCAGUUCGCAGGAAUCGCAGUGCCUAUCAAUUACCGCACCUUCUGGUCCAAAGGAUUAUGACGGCCAUUGUUGUUGUCCGUGCCUUGGCUGGAGGUUCUGAGGGUAGAAUUGUCGACUGGGCUCUCGUUUCGAGCAGCUUCCCGGCUCACGAUCCGUCAUUCAUUCAAGAAAAAGGGAAAUACAUUCUCGGUAAACACCGGCUUCAGCUAGCCAAAAUGCAAAGCGACUUCCAAGAGCGCUUUCUUGAAGCAUACGCUAGCGGCCAGGUUCCCCCUAUUAAUUACGAUGACCUCGAAAUAUAUGACUGGGAGUGGGUGGUCGAUUGGGCGAACACUCAGCUUGAAAUUCCGAAGUCAGAAAAGCUUCCAGACCUUCCGGCUACAAGAGAACUAUUCGACAGUGUGUUUGAGCUUCGCGAGGAACCACCACACACCUUGGACGAACUGUACCAGAUUACCCAGUCCGUCACCCUCAACCGCAAGCGUACACUUCUCGCGAGUACUCCAUUUGCCCUACCCUUGUCUGAUAAGCGCAAGACGCCCACUCCCCGGAAACCAGAGCAUUCUCGCUUGGAAGUGGUCAAGUCCUGGGUUCGUGCAAAUGUCGUCACUCCAGAAGAGGUAUACCGUCCUGCCGAGGCCCGGGAAGCGCUAUCAUACAUGGGCAACUAUAUCGAUAGCGCCAUCGAAUCAUUAUUAACCGAUAGGGUCAUCUCAAUGGGUAAUCGAGGCAGAGUCACGCCGGGCCGCAACUACGAUAUCACAGACCACUUCCUACACGCACUAGGACGCAAGCGUCUGGUUGAAAGCACCCAGCUCCGACGAGCCGCCAAGUUCAAAACCCUAAUCCUCGACCCAGCAUUAAAGUCCGAGGGCAAGUACGAUAUCAAACACAACGCCGAAGACGGCGACAUCCUGGCCAUAAUCAAUCUGGUAGCGGAGGGCCGGGUCACCCUGAAACCGCGAAACCCUCCCCGCGAUAGAUUUGGCCUAACAGAUGGCGGAUACCUGACAAGACAGAUGGACAAAGACAAACUCCGCUUUGCAGUAGAGCUACACCCCGUCGAAGCAAACUACGUAUACGGGAACCCGAUCCAAAAACAGCUCGCCACCGUCCCGAUGCCCUCACCACCCCGGGCCACUAAGAAGGGGUCAUCAUGGUUCCCGGAAAUGAUCCCCCUCUGGUGCGAUAUCCACGGCGGCUUCAUCAAACUCCUCUGGGACCUAUCCGUCGCAGCCGUGGUGGGCUGCGUCGCAAGCAGACCAGGAAUUAGCGCCGCUAGCAUCGCCAGUAUGAUCAAACCUACAAUGAGCGCAUGGGAAGUCAAGCUCCUCCUAAAGUGGAUGACAGACAUCGGAAUUAUACGACAGGAACCACAUAACAGCAAGGACGAGACCGGCUGGAAAGUCCAAGAAUGGUGGUGGAUGAUAAUAACCUAG